AUGUCUCACCUCAACAAGAUCGCCCCCAACUCGCCUUCGCGCCAGAACCCCUCGGAGAUCGAGACCAGCAUUGCCAAUGCUCUCUACGAGCUCGAGAACAACAUCCAGGACAUGCGCGCCUCCCUGCGCCCCCUGCAGUUCGUCUCUGCCCGCGAGAUCGAGGUUGGUCACGGCCGCAAGGCUAUUGUCAUCUUCGUCCCCGUCCCUCUCCUCCAGGGCUUCCACAAGGUCCAGCAGCGCCUGACCCGUGAGCUCGAGAAGAAGUUCUCUGACCGCCACGUCCUCAUCGUCGCUUCCCGCCGCAUCUUGCCCCGCCCCAAGCGCAGCAACCGCUCGCGCACCAGCCAGACCCAGAAGCGCCCUCGUUCGCGCACUCUGACUGCUGUCCACGACGCCAUCCUUGCUGACCUCGUCUACCCCGUCGAGAUUGUCGGCAAGCGCAUGCGCACCAAGGAGGACGGCACCAAGGUCCUCAAGAUCGUUCUUGACGAGAAGGAGCGUGGUGGUGUUGACUACCGCCUCGACACCUACUCCGAGGUCUACAAGAGACUGACCGGCAAGGGUGUUAACUUCGAGUUCCCCGUCGCUGCCGCCGAGUACUAA